AUGCUACACGCCGGUAUUGAAGCACUUUUUGGUCGUAAUCGUGAUCAUCAUAAAAAGCGACAUUUAUUUCGUCUUCGUCGUCAUCAAAAAAAUCAUAAAGAAGAAACAGAUGAAUUAGCAAAACUUUUUUCUGAUAAACCUCAUACAGAAAAAGAAUUGAUUGGUGAUAUAAAUUUUGGCUUUGCUGCAAUGCAAGGAUGGCGUUCAACAAUGGAGGAUAGACAUAAAAACUUAGUUCCAUUUGAUGAUUCUUCAUGGAAAUUAUGGUCAUAUUUUUCAAUUUUUGAUGGACAUAAUGGUAUUGAUACAGCAAAACAUGCUGCUGAUCGUCUUGAAAUUCAUCUAUUAGAUAUACUUAAUAAAAUGCUUGUUCAACAAAAAGAUGAUAAAAUAAAUGCUGGUGAACCUGUUCGGUCAUCUCAAUUAGAUAUUCCAACAUUAUGUGCUGCUAUUAAACAAGCUUAUUUUGAAUUAGAUAAACAUUUAAAAAGUAUGGUUAAAGAUGAUAGUGGUUGUGUUUGUAUAACAUGUCUUAUUGGCCCCGAACAAAUUUAUUUAGUUAAUGUUGAUCACAAACCAGAUGAUCCUGCUGAACAAGAACGUAUUCAUGAAGCUGGAGGAAAAAUCUCUAAACCAUUUGCUGGUGAUGUUUUACGUGUAGAAAAUCAAUUAGCCAUGACGCGUGUAUUAGGAGAUUUUGGAAUGGAUAAACAUAUUGUUCCACCUAUGGCAGAUAUUAUUGAAUAUCCAAGAGAUUCAUCAGCAGCAUAUCUUGUUCUUGCAUGUGAUGGAGUUUGGGAUGUGAUGACAAAUGAAGAUGUAGCUUCAUUUGUUGUGGAUCGUGUGGCAACAACAAAAUUAGAAAAUAUUGCAGCACAAUUACUAGAUGAGUGUCUUCGUCGAGAUAGUACUGACAAUAUGAGUAUCUACAUUGUAAAACUUUAA